CAGUUAUCUCACUCAAUCCUGCCCGCCGGCAGCACCUAAUAAACACGGUAAGAGAAUCCCAAAUGCGAUCCGCCAAUAACUAGGAAUUACCUACAUGAAGCCUGGAGAUUAAAAUAUUACUAUGCUAAUUUCAUGGCGAUGAGCAUCUUCAAAUUCAACGACUCGACGAUAGUAGGAGUCAGCCGGGCAAAAUUAUCUCCUGAAAUUUCAAAUGGAGGAUUUCCGGUCAUUAGAGCAGAGAAAUUUCAUUUCGCAGCUCAAAGCUUUCGAAACCGUAGGUUUAAUCUUUGCAGCAAUGGAGGAAUUAUUAAGAAGGUUAGUUUGUACAAGACAAAGCAUCACGAUCAGACAUGCCGCCGCCUUAUUUAUUUUAGCAUGGCCUACGGUGGGGGAGUAGGAGGCGAUGGAGGGAGCCGUGGCGGAAACAGCGGAGGAAAUGGCCGUGACAAUGAGGACAAUGAUGAAUAUAGUGAUAUUAAUUAUUCGUUGUGGAAGGCGUCCUUGACUGGCCUGAUAAUAUGUUGGCAAGUUCUUGCUAAGGAUAGGUCUAAGAUGCCCUUAGACAGGGGUUUUAUAUUGAUGUCUUUGGCAGCCGGCUGUAUCUGGCACUGGCAGUCGUUCUCUGCUCUUGCUAAAACUGCAAUUACUGACAGCCUUCCCAUUCCAUUAAACAGCAAUCCAGAUAAUCCUGAAAAUAAAACUGCAGAGGCAGGGGAUGCACCUGAUUUCGUGUGGGAAGUUAAAGGUGGGAAAUGGAGAAGAAUUAUAUCAAAUCAUUUGAAAGAUGAUUUUUUCGUGGAAGGGAGAAUUGCAGGUCAGGACGAGACUUCCGAGCUACAUAGAGGGAAGGAAUUUUCUAAGGUUGAUACAGGAAUACGCAGGAAAAGCUUGAAAAAUAUUUUUUCAAUCUCAAUAGGACGCUGCAAAGACUUUGUUCUUCAUCUUAUGCUACCAGAAGGAUAUCCUGGGAGUGUGAGUAAUGAUUAUUUGGACUAUUCUCUAUGGCGGAUGGGUCAGGGUAUUGCCAGUCAAAUGAACUCUGUUCUGACAACUCAGGCAUUACUUUAUGCUAUAGGAUUGGGUAAAGGUGCUAUUCCAACAGCUGCAGCAGUGAAUUGGGUCCUGAAAGAUGGCAUUGGCUACCUGAGUAAAAUUCUGCUAUCUAAGUAUGGGCGUCAUUUUGAUGUUCAUCCAAAGGGUUGGAGACUUUUUGCAGAUAUUUUAGAAAACACUGCCUGUGGUAUGGAGCUCUUAACUCCUGUAUUUCCUCACCUUUUUGUCUAUCUUGGUGCAGUUGCAGGAGCUGGCCGUUCAGCAGCAGGUUUGAUUCAGGCUGCUACAAAGAGCUGUUUUUAUGCGGGAUUUGCUGCACAACGUAAUUUUGCAGAGGUAAUAGCCAAGGGUGAAGCUCAAGGAAUGGUGAGCAAAUCUCUUGGAAUUAUGUUUGGUAUUGCCUUGUCAAGCUAUGCUGGCUCAUCGGGAUCAUUAUUGAUGGCGUCUUUUGUGAUAGUGACUGGGAUUCACAUGUUCUGCAAUCUUAAAUCAUACCAAGCUGUUCAACUACGAACCUUGAAUCCGUAUCGUGCAAGUUUAGUAUUCAGCGAGUACCUUUAUAGUGGCUGCAUCCCUACUGUGAAGGAGGUCAAUGAUGAGGAACCCAUAUUUACUCGAGUACCUUUCCUCAAUGCUCAAUUUAAUUCAUGUCUAUUUCAGAUAUCAAGUCAGGUACUUUCCCCAGAAACAAAGAAGGCAGCGGAAGAAAUCAAUGCAAAACUGCAAUUGGGAUCUAAGUUCAAUAAUGUCAUACAUAGCAAGGGGGAAGCAGAUGCUCUAUUUGAUCUAUACCAAAAUGAAAAGUAUCUUUUAGCUGAAAAUGCCGGUAAAUUUAAUGUUAUGCUUAAGAGUGGGGCUUCUCCUCAAGAUAUGUUGAGAGCAAUGUUCCAAAUUUGUUACCUUUAUUGGCUUGAAAGGCAUUUAGUUAUCAAAUCCAGAAAUAUCAUUAGUGAUUGUGAGCCUGGGGGGAAACUAACACGAUCUCUUGAAUACAUGCAGAGGGAAUUUGAUGCUCUCCAACAAAAUGCAACAACAGUAGGUUGGCUUCCUGAUGGGCUAGUUGCUCGGCCAUUGCCCUUUAGGUUGCAUGUAGAUAAUAUCCUUCCUGGCCAGUGACAUUCAAGUUCUUGAUUACGAUAUUCCUUACUGAUUUCAAAUCACAUUGUCUAUUAACGUAUCUCUCUUGAAUAAUUCUUGGAGCUAGUGGUUUGUUUCAGAACCCUGGGAGUUAGCACCAGCAAUUACAGUGAAUAUAUUUUUUUGCAUUGGGACAGGGUUGAAGCUACAAAAUCCAAAUUCAGGGCAACAUGCAGAAGUUGGUUAUACCAAGGCCAGAAACUCGACUAACCAUAAUUCUCUUUUCACAUGUCUUGGGCUGUAAUGGUUCAGUCAUAUGAAUGCCAUGAAAACUUGCUCUAUAUACUCUAAAUUACAAGAGUAUGGAACAUGGUGGAAAAGAAAGCUCUUAGCUCUUAUGUUUAACUACUUCUGAUAUCAUUCCACAUUCAUAUGGUUCUUUGGUGAUAUAAUUGGUUUAAGAUGUUCAUUUGAUCAUAUAACAAGGAAGUGCUGUCUGGUUGAGCUUAUCCGGAAACAAACAAAUUCACAUUAAUUUUGCCCCAACUGGAAUUUUGGGGGCCAUAAAAAUAUUUAUCCACAAUCAUUUUACUUAUUUCUAAUCAGUUAUUCAUACAAAUCUGGUGCAAAAUUUCACUUCCAUCAGUUGUAGAACACGUGACUUGGAAUUGUACAACAAUCAGUCCUCUAGAAAAAUUCUAGUAUUUUGUGUCUGUAAUUUCACAUUUUCCUAUACCGAUAUUAAUGAGUUGUGAAAUUGGUUAAUAAUUG